UAACGAGCAUCUUCGGCAAGAGAUUGUGCACCAGUUUGGCACAAGAAUAUUGCAGUAAAACAAUGGCAGCUCCAAAAAAGGGGGAUCUUUCAGCGGCAGAGAGGGAACUAUUACAGGUUAUUGCCGCAGGCGAUGAACAAGAAGUUGCAAGGCUGCUUGGAAGCAAUGAUGUCCGGGUGAACUGUUUGGAUGAGUAUGGCAUGACUCCUUUAAUGCAUGCAGCAUACAAGGGCAAGGCUGAAAUGUGUCGGCUGCUGCUGCAGCACGGGGCAGAUGUCAACUGCAACGAGCAUGAUUAUGGCUACACCGCACUGAUGUUCGCAGGCCUUUCAGGAAAUACAGACAUCACCAUCAUGAUCCUGGACGCAGGAGCAGAGACUGACCUGGUCAACUCUGUGGGCCGCACAGCUGCACAGAUGGCUGCCUUUGUGGGCCAGCAUGACUGUGUGACAGUGAUCAACAACUUCUUCUCGCUAGCGAGGCUCGAGUACUUCACCAGGCCCCAGGGGCUGGAGAGGGAACCCAAACUGCCCCCCAAACUGGCUGGGCCACUCUACAAGAUCAUCAUGACCACCAACCUCAACCCAGUCAAGAUGGUGAUGUUAGUGAAAGAGAACCCGUUGAUGGUGGAUGUUGGCGCUCUCGAGAAGUGCUACCGUGUUAUGGACCUGCUGUGUGAACAGUGUGUCAAGCAACAACAAAUGAAUGAAGUGCUGGCCAUGAAGAUGCACUACAUCAGCUGCGUUCUGCAGAAAUGCCUCGCCUUCCUCCUGGAGCGCGACGACAAGCUGGACGCUCUUGUCAAGAGCUUGUUGAAAGGGAGGGAUUGCGAUGGCUUCCCACAGAACCAGGAGAAGUUCAUUCGGGACUGCAUCCGGAAGUUUCCAUACUGUGAGGCUACGCUUCUUCAGCAGCUCGUUAGGAGCAUCGCCCCUGUGGAGAUUGGCAACGACCCCACAGCCUUCUCGGUGCUAACCCAAGCUCUGACGGGCAAGAUGGCCUUUGUGGACGCUGAUUACUGCGCUACAUGUGGGGAGAGGGGGGCGGAUAAGCGGUGCUCGCUCUGCAAAACGCUGAUUUACUGCAGCCUGUCGUGUCAGAAGCUCCACUGGUUCACCCAUAAAAUGAUCUGCAGAGCUCUGCAAGCUCAAGAGAUGGGCCCUGAGAGAGACACACCCCGGCUGAGAGAACUCAAUGUGGAGGAUGAGAACGACCUGGUGAAGGAGACUGCCAACUUCCUCCAGGAGCUGUGUGUGAGAGCAGAGGAGGUCGCGGCUGCAAGCUGCCCCGCUGAGCUACUAGGAUGCCCCUCCACCUCCUCUACCACCCCCCCUCCCUCCUCCUCCGCUGCUGCCCCAGGCCCCACCUACUCCCAGGACUGAGAGGGAGGAGCCCUGGCACAUUCUUAGCCCCUCCCCUCAUCCACAUGUGACCUCAAGGCCGUUAGGGAUCGAUCUUUCGGUUUUACCAGCCUAUCGGCUGAGCUAUGGGGUCUGUGCUAUGGGCCCCCUGGGGCCCUCAUUGGUUCAGUAGUCUAGAGGGACAGCCGGGUGCCACACACACCCAGUGUGUUUGCACCAAUGGUGGAGCGGCAUGCUUGCAGAAGAGGAAACAAGUCGGUUUUUCAGAAUUGUGGGUGCUGAGUUGAGAUUUCACAGCCAUAGAAGUGCCAUGAAGGAAAAGACGAUGGAGUUUAGACUUGUAUAUGAUGUAUGUAGAGGCACUGAGUGUAUCUAUUCUGUAGGACCUGCUGUUUGUUUCUCUCUCUUGGUCUUACAGUGUAUGCCUUACAUGGUUAUUGUGAAACCACAAAUAUUUGUGCCAUAUUCUCUGUGGAAAGUCUUCAAACAUUCCUGUGAAUCUGCAAUGUCACUAAUGAGUGCUUAAUUUGAGCCUUUAAUAUAAAAAGGAAAGAAAACUACAUUCAUAGCCAAAUUGUGUGCUGUUUGUCAAAUUAAGUAUAUUGUAUGUGUUAUAUGUAGAUGUUUUUAAGUUGAUAAUUUGUGUAUCAUGCUUUAUCUUAAUUGUGUGUUAUUUAGUUUUCAGAAGGUCAAGCAAUCCACCAAUGACAUUCUAACCUUGUUGGUGCUAUUUCCUUAUCGGUUGGAAAACCUCUCUAAAUUGCUUGUCUUAAAUUGUAAA